AUGGUUAACUGGGUUGCGAUUAUUUACGAUAAGCCAGGUGUAGAUAGAACUCCUUACUUGGAGGAGCAUAUUAAAACUAUUAGCCCGCUAUUUAAGCAGGGUAAAAUUAAGUGCGGAGGGCCGAUCUUCAAGGAAGUCGUGGAUGGAGAGGCUUCGGAAAUAAUUGGCGCUAACAUUGUUUUUGAGACAGACAAUAAGGAAGAAGUGAUUGAGAUAUUUCAAAAUGAUGUGUUUGUAAAAGAGGGGAUCUGGGAUUUGGAUACAUUAAUCCUCCACCCAGUUAAAUAUAUCACGCUCAGUGGCCAAGAAGAGGAGUAA